CUUCCUCGCACGCGGUAGCGUACUGCGAGAAGCAGCGAGCUGCACGUGCUGGUGGUGCCGGAUAGCGCAGCGUCCGCGGCCAGCCUAGCCGGUGCGGCGGCCCACUUUCUGGUCGCGAGCGGUGCGCUGACCCGCAUCCGCGUAGUGUCGCCGCAGCGACGGGCCGCACUCCGCUACUGCGGCAGCCGCUGCCGGAGACGCCGCUGCUGUCGGUGCCGUCGCCGCGCUUGCCCUGGCCGAGCAUGUCUCGCGGCACGAACCACCGGUGGAUCGGACGCCAUGCCCUCCUCGCCCUGGUCCUGACCGUUGUCGUCGUGUGCUGCUGCUACGAACCAGCCGAGGCCGGUUCCUCGCCCGCGAGUGCUCUGCUGCCGUCGACUCCCGCGCUGCCGUCUGCUACGACUUCGCAGGCGAAGACGGUGAUGUACUACGACGGCAAAACGAUUGCCAGGGUGGAGUACGGUGCCGACGGAGUCACGCUGCAGACCUGCCGGUUGUUUGAGCUCGACGACGAACGCGAGGCCGAGCCCAUCAUCAAAGCGCAGGGCCUGCCCGUGCAGCAGGUGGACUUCUCGGCCAUGCUGAACCUGAUCUCUCAGUGCCGGGACCUGCGCGACUGGUCUGCCAGCACAAACAGCACUCCGCAGUGGAGUGCGUCUACCCUGUGGAGCGGCAUCAUACCAGGCACCAAGUGGUGCGGCCUGGGGGACAUCGCGUCCUCGUACGAGGACCUGGGUACCCACGUGACUGUGGACGUGUGCUGCCGCGCACAUGACCACUGCCCCGUCAAGCUCAAGGCCUUCCGCACAGGAUACGACUUGGUCAACUUUUCCUUGUACACAAAGUCCCACUGUGACUGCGACCGCGACUUCCUCAACUGCCUGCGACGAGCAAAGAGCCACAUAGCGGACACCAUAGGCAACGUGUACUUCAACGUCAUCAAGGUGCCCUGCAUCCGGAAAGUGCGCAAGCCUGUAUGCACUGACAGGGGUCUCAGGUAUGGCCGCAGCGACAGCAGCUGUGAAACCUGGGCCUACCAGGAGCUGGGCAUGCAGUUUGUUCCCACCGAGCGCCACUACGACUGAGAACGCCUCACCUGCAGCUGGAGUUCAUGAGCGCCUAUAGAACCGCGGAGCAUCGCUCAUGUUGGCGCAGCUCCCGAGUUCAUGACAAGCGCGCGGAACUUCAGCCGCCUGUGGAAGGCGCCAACAUUGUGUAAAUAAACAAGAACUGUUGCGCAUGUUUAGAACUGCGAUACCUCGUGGAUAUCUCAGCUCGGCCGUUGUUCAUCCGUUCCUAUCAGACA